GUUUCUCAGUCUGGUCAGUUCUUGGCCCUUUGGCUUGGAGCAGUCUGGAAGCUGCUUUUUCCUUGUGAACUGUUAACGAUCGUUUGGCUGCAGCGGUCAAGGAGUUUCUUGACAUGCUUUUAAUUUAGCUCUGAUGUUCUUCAGAACAUUUCGAGGAGGAUUUUCUGUCUGAAGUAUGUUACACUCUAAUUAGGCAAGUUACUAGGAUAUGCAGUGAGCAGAAGCAUCUAACGCAGACCUAUGCAAGCACUUGAAGCCUGGUGGAGUAUUGCGAUGGCAGCUCAGAUGACUGAUGCUCAUCGACGGUUCUUGCAGGUCCUGAUGUCUCAUGGGAUAAUGGAAGGAUCGGAGGCUAGGAAAUUACACAGGCACUGCUGUGAAAUCCAUAAAGUCUACUAUGCACAUGAUAAACUGGAUGAUUUCAUCAGUACUAUUAACAGCCAUCUACAGCCUUUGUUUAUGCAGAUCCGGAAAGGACUGUCGGAAGGUCAUGGGAGAGCACAUUAUGCUUUAGUGAAUUUGGCAGAAACUGAAAUAACUAAAAUGGCAUCUGACUAUACAGAAAAUGAAUUAGAAUUGUUCAGAAAAACAAUGGACCUAAUCAUUUUAUCAGAAAAUGGCUUUGCCUCUUCUACAGAUAUUUUAAACUUGGCUGACCAACUUAAGACAAAGAAAAUGAAGAAAAAGGAAGCGGAGCAAGUGCUGAAAGUUUUUGUGGAGGAUAAGUGGCUCUCUGAGAGAAAUGGAGAAUAUACUCUGCAUACUCGCUGCAUAAUUGAGAUGGAACAAUACAUUCUCAGCAACUACCAAGAUGUGGCAAGGAAGUGUAACAUCUGUCACAGCCUUGCCAUCCAGAGCCAAGUAUGUGAAUCCUGUGGAAUUGGAAUGCAUUUACCUUGUGUCAGAAAGUACUUUAGAGCUCAGACUGAACGACGCUGUCCACAGUGUAAUGAUUUCUGGUCUUGUGACAUUCCAGGUAUGAGUCGGAUAGACUCCCAGUCGCCAUCAAAAACAGGGAGAGCAGAGAAGAGCUUCAUUCUCAACACUAGAUGAUGCUAGUAAAACUUGCUUUCAGUGAAAUCUUUUUUCCCCACUCUUGCAGAAUAACCAGACUGUAUUGUAUUCAUUAGUAACAGUGCAUUGUUCAGUGUACUUAUUUUUUUCGUGAAGUUUUAAGAAUCUUACAAUAAAACUAUCAUUGACCUUCCUGUUCUCCUUCUUCACAGUUAUACCUGCACAGCUUUCUCAGAGGCUAUUUUGUGUACGUAGUUCUCAGUAGUCUUGGGUUGAGACUCUCAGUGCAUGUUUGGGAAUGAAAGAUGCAAAUGUUUUUAGUCAAUCCUGCAAGCUGAUCUAUGCAGGUGAACUAUUCAGCAACAGUGUUCCCUAUUUGUAGUUUUCAGUUGCACAACUGAAAAUGAAACCUAUUACUAGCACCACAGGGCUUCAAGUAGGUGAAAAAUCAAUGCAGCACGUGUGGGCUCCUCACAUGGAAGGCUGGCUGAAUAUUUAUCUGUCUGAUCUAGGGCUAGAGUUUGAACACUUUCAGUGGGCACUGUUGCUUGGUUUUUGUCCCUUUAGAUACAGAAAAGGUCAUCUGACAUAAGGCCAGGUCAUGAGCAGCUAUGGUCAGUAAGAGAGGGAAUAUUCCCACAGCCAAAAUGAUUGGGAAGGAGCAGGACAAGACUUUUGGGGCAAUGACAGCUUAUAUCUGCAAAGUGUUGAAAAAAUUACGGUUUUAAGAUUCUUUUUGUUUUUAGUAUUAGCACUUCACUCUCCAGUUUUAUGUAAAGAUGCUUCUUCCUUUAAGAGUGACUUGACUUGAGAAAAAGACAAGCACUAGAUAUUGCCAGAUACCAGAGUGGAACGGGACCAUACCUCUGUAGAAACCUGUGACACUGCAGAAGGUAGAGCAUCAGCAGUUCAGUUGAUGCUUAAUCAAAGUGUGAUUAAGCUGCAGUUUACUUAACUGCAAUUAAACUAUGGAUAAACUACAAUUAAUUAUGUUCCUAGGCCUUCACACCAGCAACUUCUUCUGUAGAGGAAGCUUUGUGUUAGCUUUUUUUUUUUUAAUGUAUUGAACCUUUGGGUAGCACCAUCCCUCAGUGUUUAUGUAACUCCAAUUUUUACUGUUACUAAAUCCAAGUAGAAGAUAACAGUAACCUGAUGUUCCAAAUAUAGUUUGAAGCAGAGUCCUGGCAGCGCCCAUAUAUAGAGCUGUGUCAGAUGUACACACGCACACAAGAUGAUGACCUAAUAAGUUCUUUAUGAGGAGUUCAUGUUAGAAACAUCCACAAAAAUAAAGCGGCUGUAUCAUCUUCUUUCCAUCUACCCACGCAGAUUUUUUCACCAUGCUGAAGCAAGAGUUUGUUGGGUUUUGUGUGUUUUUUUUUUUUUAAUCCACCCCUAACCUCUGGCUAGGGAAGAACAUUCU